AUGGAGGAGGAGAUGCAGCCGGCGGAGGAGGGGCCCAGCGUCCCCAAAAUCUACAAGCAGCGCGGCCCCUACAGCGUGCUCAAGACGUUCCCCAGCAAGAGACCGGCGCUGGCCAAGCGCUACGAGCGACCCACCCUGGUGGAGCUGCCGCACGUGCGGCCGCCCCCGCCGCCCUUCGCGCCGCUCGCCGCGGGCUCCAUCAGCAGCAGCGAGCCGCCGCCGCCGCCGCCGCCGUUCCCGGCGCAGAGCCCCUACCCGCCCGGGCCCGGCCGGGCCGCCGCCGCCGCCUCGUCGUCGUCGCCGUCCUGCACGCCCGCCGCAACCCAGGGCCACCUGAGGACUCCGGCGCCGCCGCCGCCGCCGUCCCCCGCCGCCUCCUCGUCGUCCUCCUUCGCCGCCGUCGUCAGGUACGGCCCCGGCCCGGCGGCGGCCGCGGGCAGCAGCCACGCGGGUAGCGACGGCGCCAGCCUGGAGCUCAGCGCAGAGAGCCGGAUGAUCUUGGAUGCCUUUGCCCAGCAGUGCAGUCGAGUUCUUAGCCUAUUAAAUUGUGGAGGAAAACUUCUGGACUCCAACCAUUCUCAAUCCAUGAUUUCUUGCGUAAAGCAAGAAGGCUCAAAUUAUAACGAAAGACAGGAGCAGUGUCACGUUGGGAAAGGGGUCCACAGUCAGACCUCAGACAAUGUAGACAUCGAGAUGCAAUAUAUGCAAAGGAAACAGCAGACCUCUGCCUUCUUGAGAGUUUUCACUGACUCCCUGCAGAAUUACCUGCUCUCGGGGAGCUUUCCAACUCCUAACACCUCAUCGGUCAGCGAGUAUGGCCACUUGGCUGACGUGGAUCCCCUGUCCACCUCCCCGGUGCACACACUAGGUGGCUGGACCUCCCCAGCAACAUCCGAAUCCCACGGUCACCCAUCGUCUUCCACACUGCCAGAGGAGGAAGAGGAGGAGGAGGAGGAAGGCUACUGUCCUCGAUGCCAAGAGCUGGAGCAGGAGGUUAUUUCACUACAACAAGAAAAUGAAGAACUCAGAAGGAAACUUGAGAGCAUCCCAGUGCCCUGCCAGACGGUGCUAGAUUACCUGAAGACCGUCCUGCAGCACCACAACCAACUGCUGAUGCCACAGCCCGCCGACCAGCCCACCGAGGGAAGCAAGCAGCUGCUGAACAACUAUCCCGUCUACAUAACGAGCAAACAGUGGGACGAGGCUGUGAAUUCCUCCAAGAAAGAUGGGAGACGACUCCUGCGCUACCUCAUCAGAUUUGUUUUCACAACCGAUGAGCUUAAGUACUCAUGCGGCCUUGGGAAAAGGAAAAGGUCAGUGCAGUCAGGAGAGACAGGUCCUGAGAGACGCCCUCUGGAUCCAGUUAAAGUCACUUGCCUCCGAGAAUUCAUUAGGAUGCAUUGCACCUCCAACCCCGACUGGUGGAUGCCCUCAGAGGAACAGAUAAACAAAGUAUUCAGCGACGCUGUGGGUCAUGCCCGGCAGGGGAGGGCCGUGGGGACUUUCCUGCACAACGGUGGCUCAUUCUAUGAAGGGAUGGAUCACCAGGCUUCGCAGGAUGAAGUCUUCAAUAAGAGCUCCCAGGAUGGAUCUGGGGAUUGA